AUGAUCAGUCUAUGCAGGUUAAACUUUGUUUGCAUUCUUUGGAUCUCCAUGAUGUUCGUGUGCUCGAGUCACCCAGUCGUCUCUUCCAUGAGCAGCAAUCCUUUCUAUUUGAAUUGCCAGCUGUAUGGGAAAUCUGAUUACUGCCUGGUCCAAAAAAAGGUGGGCAGGAACGAAGAAGUGGCUUUUUUAAAGCCUUACCUGGAGAUGCCAUUCAAUAAAAGGUCCUUUCGCAACGGGGUUGGAUCAGGAAUUAAAAAAACUUCCUCUCGAAGAGCAAAGUCAUAA